AUGUGCGCGCGAUUAGCUAGAUGUGAUCCUCGUCUGCUUGAUUUUGUUACCUGGGCAGUCCUUAAGGGGUGUCGUUUGUUUCAGCGUGUUCACAUAACGCCUUUGGGGCUAGUUGCUACGAGCACAAUACCCGCAUACGAUUUCGUGGCUGUCGUUCCAACCUCCGCGACACUAAGUGUUCUUACUCUUGCAGGAGAUGAAUCUUUUCCAAUAAAAGUCUCACCUCAAAACCAUGGCGAUGAACUUGAGUUUUGGUCCGAUCUUACUUUAGGUUCGUUUGCAUUAAUUGGGUAUUUUACUAAGGCUUUGCGGACUGGGAGCCCACGGGGUGUGCGAAGUUAUUUAGACGUUUUGCCCUUCGAUCCCGGUAUGCCCAUUGGCAAUGUGGCAGAUGCUGCACAAAAGUCACCUGGUUAUGCAGAGAUGAUAAAACCCCUUAAAAAUUUUUGCAAAGCCCAGGAUGUAGAAUUUGAUUUGACAUUUCGGCAUGCUUAUUGUCUUUUCCGGCGGCAUGCGAUUCCGUUCUGGACCAAUACUGAAGCAGGUAGUGGUGGUCAUCCUGAUUUCCAGCACUCUCCCUUUGCCACGUUGGGCCACGGUGACAUUUUGGGUAUGGUGCCCGUGUUGGAUUUGGCAUUGCAUUCGCCUGAGCCUAAUGCGUCGAUUGGCUACCCAGAUGCCGACAUGCUACAGUGGCUGGCCCAGGAAAAGAAAGCGGGCAUACAAGUGGAAAAGGGUUAUUUUGCGAUGCAGGCGCAGCGUGACAUUCACAAGGGUGAAGUCAUAACAGUGAAUAAAAACGCCUAUUUCAACUUUGACGACGCCACAUUUAGGGCGUGGUUUGGAUACCCAAAUGUCUCCCAGCUUCACCAGAGUGCCGAGACCGUCAAAAUACCCACAGCCACUUGUGAUGACAUUAUGGAAAUAGAUAAUCUUGAGCUUACCGACAUGUAG